AUGGAGGAGGCUAUUGCAGAAGAGGACAGUGCCUAUGGUGUGGGAUUUCUUGGAUAUGUGGGCGGAACUGUUUUUCCACAAAUUCUUUCAGGGAAGCCCAAGGUAUACCAAGGUGUUAGAGUAAAGAUUACGGUUAAGGAGCUGCUGCAGCAGAGGAGAGCACGACAAGCAGCAACUGGUGCAGCGGUUUCUUGGGGUGGCAGCAGCAUCCAGUUUUCAGAGUCUGUGUCUUCUCCUCACCCAGCACCUUUUGACGCAGAACCCAUCUCUUCUGUUCCCAACUGUUGUCCAUCAUGGCAGUUUUCAAAUUGCCUCUCCUGCGAAGAAAGCCCUAGUUAUUUGGAGCAGCUGGUAGAUUCCUGUCUUCAGACAGAUGCACCCUUAGACCCAGCCUUCAGUACGUUCCAGCCGUCCUCGCACUACACCUCAGACGCCUUCCAGCCAGUCCCGCUCUGCUUUAACCAGGGCCUGGCUUCUGGAUCUCCCAAUUCAGCUGAUCUGUCCAGCCCAAUAAACUACAGCUGCUCUCCUCCUCAGCUAUCUCCUUUCACCCCGCUGACCCACAGCCCACCCUCUGCUCUGGACACCAAGAUCUACGACUACCCUGCGGAGGAGUGGUCCUGCCAUACCCCCUCCCCAUACACCACCUCUGCCUGCUGCUGCACCGCCUGUGGCUCCCAGCAUGAGGACAACAGGGUCCCGCAGUACUUCCCCUGCUCCAGCACAGACUGCAUGGACUACCUACCACCCAUGGCCAUGGCCGAUGACUUCUUCAGAAGGGAUAGGAACUGUGACAUCUGCUAUAGCUAAUGCAGACUGUGGUUUUACACAUCCACUGUAUCCAAAUCAGAUUAUUUGCCCAUGAACUAUGCAAAGUUGUGCUGCCUAACACAGUCCAGUUUAUUCUUCACUACUCACAAAUUUUCUACAUGAUGUUUUCACUACAUUUGUCCUCCUGUCUUGUAUGAUCAGGGGUGUUUUGUUGUUGUUGUGGUGGUGGUGGCUUGGGUGGGUUUUUUCCUGUUCGUUUUUGUUGUUGUUUUGCAAAAAAUCCUAAGCUACCUUACCAAACACGUCAUUAAGCCAGCUCUUUUUGAUACAAA